AUGCCGUUGGCAAGAUGUUCGCCAGCCAAUUUCCAAGAAAGCUUACAAGUCUCAAAAUUCAUGGCACUGGCUGGGCACACGAUGCUUAUGCUGCUCUCAAUCGGUCUUCUCGGUUUCGCCAUUCAAGUCCUCGUCGAAUACGGAUAUUCGUCACCAAUCUCCGGGACGAAUAAAAGUCUGCAUUUUAGCUGCCCAAAAAUG